UCUUCCCUCAGUACCAUAUUUAACCUCUGUGCAAGCACCAAUCGUGGUUUUUAUUCACUUCUUUGCAGCAUGUUUUCCGCAGUGUUGCGUUUGAGUUCCAGCCGUGGAGAACACAUCACCAAAGGUUUCCGCUUGAAUACGCUAAGAAUGGCAUCGACAUAUUUAGUGGAAAACAGCAAGUAUUCCUUCCUAAAGGAUCUCGGUCUUGGCAAGGUGAACAGCGGCGUGUUCAAUGGCGAAUGGACCGGAACAGGUGAGGUGGUCAAAUCAAUUGACCCAGCAAGUGGUGAUGUAAUCGCUGAAGUGAAGACCGGAACUGUUGCAGAGCUUGAAAAGUGUGUACAGGUCGGUACCGAUGCGUACAAUCAGUGGAAGAAUCUACCUGCACCAUUCCGAGGAGAAAUCGUUCGUCAAAUUGGCGAUGAAUUGCGAAAGUACAGAGAACCUCUCGGAAAACUUGUUUCAUUAGAAAUGGGCAAAAUCACGGCCGAAGGCAUUGGCGAGGUUCAAGAAUUCGUGGACAUCUGCGAUUAUGCCGUUGGUCUAUCUAGAAUGUUCGCCGGCCAGAUUUUACCAUCAGAAAGAGCUAAACAUACUAUCAUUGAAAAAUGGAACCCAUUAGGGUUGGUAGGUGUUAUUUCUGCAUUUAAUUUCCCAUGUGCCGUAUUUGGAUGGAACGCGGCUAUUGCCCUCGCAGUUGGCAAUUCUGUUCUUUGGAAAGGAGCACCAAGCACACCAUUAGUGUCAAUCGCUACUACUAAAAUUGUAACAGAUGUAUUGAAACGGAACAAUCUACCACCAGUAGUUACCCUAUGUCAAGGAGGUACCGACGUUGGCAAGAAAAUGGUAUCUGACAACCGUGUAAAACUACUCUCAUUCACUGGCAGCACUGCAGUUGGUCGUGAAGUGGGCAUAGAAGUACAACGACGAUUCGGCAAGUUCUUACUCGAGCUUGGCGGCAACAAUGCCCUUCUCAUUAAUGAUGAUGCUCCGACUGAUAUGGCACUGGACGCUGCAUUCUUUGGAUGCAUUGGAACCGCAGGUCAACGAUGUACUAGUACUCGCCGACUAAUUAUCCACGAGAAACUAUACGACGAAUUCGUAGCUAAGCUAGUGAAGCGUUACAAUAAUCUGCUCAAGCGAGUUGGUCAUCCAUUGGAAGAAUCAACAUUAUAUGGACCACUUCACAACCAACAAGCGGUAGAUAAUUAUAAGAAAACACUCGAAGAGGCUGUUAAACUGGGGGGUAAAAUGGAAUGUGGAGGCAAAGUUAUCGAUCGUCCAGGAUUUUUCGUUGAGCCAACUAUUAUCACCAACCUCCCGCACGAUUCCCCGAUUGUACAUAAGGAAACAUUUGCCCCUAUUGUGUACAUCCUAAAGACGAAAAACCUGAAUGAAGCGAUCGAAUGGAACAAUGAAGUAGACCAUGGACUGUCGUCGUCGCUGUUUACAUCAAACAUUGGAUCUGCAUUCCAGUGGAUCGGUGAGGGUGGAUCCGACUGUGGAAUUGUCAACAUCAACACGUCUCCGUCUGGAGCGGAAAUCGGAGGUGCAUUCGGAGGCGAGAAGCAUACCGGUGGUGGUCGUGAAUCAGGAUCCGAUGCUUGGAAGCAAUACGUUCGUCGAUCAACGAUCACUGUAAACCAUUCUCCUGAUUUACCGUUGGCACAGGGACUUGUUUUUGAAUAAAUCUUGAGAUGUAUAUUAAAC